AUGCCACACAAGCGUUCUGCCGACAAGCAGUUCGAAGCUGCGGUGAAGAGGGCGCGGUACUUGGGCGCCAAGCACGAGUCCAAGUGCCAGACCAUCCAAGCCAUCCUGGAAGGGCGCCUGUCCGAGAUCACCGUGGAGCAGGUCUUGGACGCCAUCAGGGGGCUCGAGGCGACCGCGCGGCAGGAUGAACCUCACAUCCUCCCCAACACCUUCCUCUACCAGCGCAUCUUCCCCAGCGCGUCCCUCCACCGGGACAUCCUCCUCGAGCUCCGCCGGGACCGCGCCCUAGCCUUCGGAUGCUCGACACGGCAGGGGCGCCCGCCUUGCAGGUCCCAGCCUUUGACUUUUCGGCUGCCGCUGAAAGCCGCCAUGGCAAUCGGAGAAAGCCCUGGCGAUUUAUGGCACAUUUCGGACAAGUGCCCUGUGUGCGACAAGCGAAUGGUGAAGCGGCCAGGCUCUGGAUCAGAUGCCAUCGUCUUGGACGUGGGCGGUCCCGUUUGUAAGACUCACGUCCCUUACCGCUGCAAUUCGGUGGACUGUCCAAAGCUCGGUUUGGUACAUUGGCACAACUACUACGUGGACGCUGGACGGCACAUUUUCCACGGGGACGUUGCGGCCAUGAAAUGCAUCAUGCUUACCGCGAGCUUCGGGAUCACAACGGAGUACCUGGAAGCCUUGCACGAGCGAAUGCUGAGGGAACACGUAUCUUUUGCCGGCGAAGCUGACGUGGCGCGCGCCCGUGCCGGUGGAACUGCGUUGCCAGCCAAUUUGCGGAAGUACCUGUCGAAAGGCUGGUUCGUGUGGCGGUUGGCCAGGCGCGUCGGCGAUUUGGGCCCUGAUGACACCACUGUGAUCGACUUGAUGCAGCCACUUGAAGACCAAAUCAAGGACACGUGGGACCAGCUCGAAUUAACGUUCGAGCGUAGAACCGCAGAGAGGGCCCGAGCAGCAGGCAUGAAGACCGAUGUGGUUGUGGUGGAUGGCAACGCCAAGAAUCGCAGGCUGACGUGCGCAGCGCCUCUGCGCCACUGUGUGACGUGCCCGCGCUUAGCUCGGCGGGUGUGCGUGGGCUGCCCCCGGACGCCGCUGCUGGGCAGUGCGUUUUGUGGAGAGCACGGCGUGCCCUGCGAGUGCCCGGCCGAGGACUACGAGGUGGUGGGGCACGAGGCGCCCGAGGCGGGGGGCAUGGGUUUGGACGGCUCGUUGAAAUUGUUGGUGCGUGAGCGCCGGGGCGAACUCAGGGAGCUGUGGGUGUCGGAGUCGGCCGUGGACCCGGGCAUCGUGAACGUCUACUUCCACGGUCUCGGGGAAGAUCGCAGAGCGGCCAGCGCGGGCCGGCGGGGGGCAAAGGCCAGGUGGAGACGGGCGGCGGCCAGCGAGGUGCGUCGUCAACUCGACGCCGCGGCCCCUGCGUGGGAUGCCCUCACGCCGGUGGAGCGGGAGCAGCUCCUUUCGGAGAUGUCGUGCGAGGCCGACCUGAAGGCCGUGGCGUGCAACACCCAUAAGGAGGACGACUCGCAGCAGGCGAAGUUCACGGAGCGCCGGGCGUCCGAUUCCCCGCAGGCCGCGCGUCUGGCUCCUCCAGCGAUCUCUUACAUCUGCGACGCUUUUCACAUGAGUGGGCACACCGAUGCGUGGUGCAAAGCGAAUUGCAACCCAGCCGCCCCUCACUUGAAGACGCUGGUCGAGGGCGUGCGCACGUCUGUGUGUGAAUUUACAUUCACAUGGAUGAGCCAGUACAAGCAUCAAACGAAACACAUGAGCGAAUGGGGGUUGAAGUUUUUCUUGCAGGAGAUGUGCAUGGCGCACAACGAGGCUCUGUUCAAGGGUUCGGCUCCUCACCUCACCCACACGAGCGGGGACUGA